AUGGCGAGCACCCACCCCCACCACCACCACCACGUACUGCAACUAGUCCUAUCCUGCCGGAAAAUAACAGCGCAGGUAACAAACACCACAAACUCAUCCAUCAUAGCCAUGGCUUCUUCUUCGGAGCAAGAAUUUCUCGCUCACUACCGAUCCGUCCUCAAUCGCUUCCCAAGAUCACACCGAUUCUGGAACGCUAAAGUCGCUUCUCGUGUUGGCGAGAAACUAGGUUUCCGUCUCAGAGAAAUUGGCGUCACCGGAGUUCAAAUCGACGCUAAUGAAGAGCUAUCGCGUCCUCCACAUUAUCGCAAAAUGGUUUCCCCUUUGUUUCGUUCCGUUCAAAGCGCCGGCGUUCGCAUUUCCGGAUGGUUGUUUGAUAUGUUUUUCAAAGGUGGUUUUACAUCAUCGGUUAAUCUCAAUAUUAACUAUACUGCUGGUUGUGAUUUGAAUGAGAAGUGCAAUUCUUGUUGGGCAAUGGCGUGUUACUAG